GCAGUAAUGUCGGAGGCGGAAGUUGUGGCACAUUUCCCCCGCGGUUCUGAUAAACUGGACCUCAGCGGGUUGAAGCCCACAGAGCUGACCCGGCUGUACUGCAUGAAAGGCGGUCACCACCUGCAGCUUCUCCCCGAGGGCUCAGUGAGAGGAAGCAGAGACGAGCACGACCCUUACAGUGUGUUGCGGAUUAAAUCCGUGAGCGCCGGAGUGGUGGUCAUCGAGGGAACAGAGGCCAAACGCUUCCUCUCUAUGAGUGAGGAUGGCAAGCUGUAUGGAUCAUUGUCGGUAACAGAUGAAAGUUACUUCCUGGAGAAGAUGGAGGAGAAUCACUACAACACGUACAAAUCCCAGAAGUACGGCCCAGACUGGUAUCUUGGAAUCAAAAAGAAUGGGAAACCAAAGCGAGGCUCGAGGACACACAUUGGACAGAAGGCCAUUUUCUUUCUACCUCGGCAGGUGGAGCAAGGAUAAGACUAAAAUGUGCUUGAACAGUCACACAAAAUAUAUAGAGACGCUUAUUUCCUGUGACACAGCUGUAGCAAAAAAAAAAAAAAAAAAAAUCACACGUGGAAACACUUUACGGUAGAUGAGUUUUUAUUUUUGCCAACAUAUGAACCAUAUAUUUUAUCUUAUUCAAACCUCAUAAUGCGAGCCUUACCUAAGGUUUACUACAUUUUUAUCUAAUAUUAAGCUGAGGAUGACGCUCAUUUGUUUUUACUGUCGAAUGCACUUUUUAUAUUGAUUAGGACUACUCUACAAAUACAUCCUCUGUAUAGACCGAUAUAUCUGCUUGACUCUAUAAGGGGAAGUAUUGGUACCAAUCAGGGAUCACUGAACAAGCAAGCAUUCAAAUACAAUCUUUAAAAUAAAUAAAUAAAUAAAUAAAUAAAUAAAAAAAACUACAUAUUAA